GUCCCGCCAAGGUUGAAGGCUGCAUAGAUUAUUUGUGGGUGUCGUUACUUCCUUCUUGUUUCGCCGCAAGGUUUGCAGAUUGCCAGUUCGACCGAGUAGGUGAACCCUGGUGGAAAUACUUAAAUUCGGCCAUUGUUCCCUCUUCAUCGCCAUUUGGUGUAUGUUGAAGAUUGGCUUGUUCUUCACUUCCACGACGUCGGACCUGUCCUGUCUUGUUACAACACCCCUUUCACACCCCUAAUUAUCCUUUCUUUCCUAUCAUCAGGUCAACAUGUCGGAAAAGAACGAGGUCACCCAGACCGAGAAUGGGACUGUCCCCAGGUCCAAGAAGCGAACUUGCGCGAGACACUGCAAACGCUUCUGGUGGGUUUAUCUCAUUAUUCUCUGCGUCAUUGUUGUCAUCGUGGUUCCUGUGAUAAUUCUUGUCGCUGUCCCGAAGAUUGCACAAAGUAAGAUCAACGAAGCCAAGUUGGAAAUCCAAUCCGUUCGAAUUCUUGACACCGAGAGUGACGCCUAUCUCAUGGAAAUCGAUUCUUCUAUCACAACCGAUGGCAAGAUCCAUGCCAAGGUUGAUCCUUUUGAGGCUGAUAUGUAUCUCGAGGAUUGGCCAGCACAUGUGGCGUUUGCUACCGUGAAGAUGCCAGAGACCAACAGCAACAAACACCAGGUCGUCAAUGUGAGCCAGCAGGUCACAAUCACCGACAUGGAGGAGUUCACUCGUUUCAACGUCUGGUUCCACAACAAUGAGACGGUCCGUGUCACCGUAUACGGAAAGACGAAAGUGAAGCCAAGCGGUCUAUCGCGCAAGUACGGCGUCACCUUCAAGAAGACAUUGGAACUCAAGGGUCUUAACCAUUUCGCUGGCACUGAAGUCAACGACGGCCACAUCGGCUUUGGUAGUGGUAAAGACGGACCCAACUUCAACGGCACCACCACGAUUCCAAACGCUUCCGUGUUCACACUAGAUAAUGGCAACGUCACCUUCACAAAUUUUGUUGGAGAUAUUGAAGUCGGCACCCUGACGAUUCCAAACUUGGUGCUCAAGCCAGGUGACAACGUCGUCAACAUCACCGCCAGCAUGAACCAGAGUAUUAUACUCAACGCCGUCCAGCAAGAGCCCUACUGCAAAACAGGCGUCCUCCCCUUCAAGUUACUGGGCAAGUCGGUCAUCAACCAUGGUGAAAAUCUUACCUAUUUCGCCGCAGCACUGGCGAGUUCAAAUCAAACAGUUGAAAUCGACAUUGGUGCCAUUUUGAAGAAGGACCUCGACUAUGAGGUCAAGUGCCAGAGCAAGAAUGAUUAAUUGCAGAAUUCAUUGGGAUUUUGGGCUGCAUGCCCUGUGUGCAUGGAAGCAACAGAAAGGUCAUGAAUUAUGCAAUUCUGGUGGCGAUGGAUGAUGUACGCCGUCGGGUCGAUUAAUGUAAAGCUAUGAGGAGGUGGUGGUUUGACCAAAGGCGCGGGC